UAAUUAAUUAUCUUUUUUUAAAAAAAUGGUGUUUUGCUGGUUAUAAGUAAGGCCAUAUUUUCUUCUGUCUCUCAUUCAAUUUUAUCAUAAUAAGAGAAAAAGAAAGAAAGGAAGAAACUAAGAGAGAUGGGAAAAGUUAGUGAAGUAUUGCACAAGCUGAGACCUUAUAUUCUUAUGGUGUGUCUGCAAUUUGGAUCAGCAGGCAUGUAUAUAAUCAGCAUGUUCACUCUCAACCAUGGCAUGAAUCGUAACGUUCUUAUUGUUUAUCGCAACGCCGUUGGUGCUCUUUCUCUUGCUCCUUUCGCUCUCAUUCUUGAAAGGAAAAUAAGGCCAAUGAUGACUUUCCCAGCCUUCCUACAAAUAAUGGCAUUUGGAUGUUUGGAGUAAUGGUUCAAAUUUACAUAAAUUUCAAUGAAUUAAUUAUUGCUAUAGACCCUAAUUAAACUAAUUAAAUAUUGGGGAUGCAAUACACGUCAGCAUCAUUUACAUCUGCAACCAUGAACGUUGUUCCCUCUGUCACCUUUAUAAUUGCAGUCAUUCUUCGGUAAGAUUAUAAAUAAAAAAUAAAAUAAUAAUUAUUUUAUUCACAAUGUAAUUAGAUCAAUUUAAAAAAAUUGACAGGAUGGAGAAAAAAAUAAAAUAAAGGAGAUACGAAGUCAAGCAAAAGUAAUAAGAACAGUCGUGACUUUAGGAGGAGCUCUGCUUGUAACAAUAUAUAAAGGGCCACUCAUUGAUUUAAUUUGGUCUAAUAAAACAAAUCACUCUUUAAAUUCU